AUCCCUUAUCCUCAUGUUCUUAACAAACUGCUUCCACCAGAAAUCAGAAUUAUUGCCUGGACUCCAGUGAGUCAAGACUUUGAUGCACGAUUUAGCUGUUUACAGCGGACAUACAAAUACUACUUCCCAGCAGCAAAUGUUGAUAUAAGUGUUAUGAAUCAAGCAGCACAGAAGUUUGUUGGGGAACAUGACUUCAGAAAUUUCUGUAAAAUGGAUGUUGCAAGUGGAGUGGUGACUUUCAGAAGAAAUUUACUGUCAUUCACAGUGUACAGAAGUAAUAGUGAUUCACAAAGCUGCAGUGGCUAUGACAUGUGUGAGAUGAUCAUUUGUGGAUCUGCAUUUUUAUGGCAUCAGGUACGCUGCAUGGUUGCUGUGCUGCUCAUGAUUGGUCAGAAGCUAGAAAAUCCUGAAGUUAUUGACUGGAUGCUUGAUAUUGAACAGUGUCCUCAGCGACCACAGUACAACAUGGCAUCAGAAAUUCCGUUGGUGCUAUAUGAUUGUGCUUUUGAAGAGUUGUCAUGGAAACAUGAACCUGGUGUUUUGAAUGCUCUGUUAAAGGAUUUUCAAGCCCAGUGGUCAGCUCAUGCUAUUAAAGCUGCAGUACUUACAAACUUGAUUGGCAAGUUAGAGGAAGCCCCUGUCCUUGCAGAAAUUAGUGGUGAAGACAGUGCACAGUUGAAUGGAAGCGAUGAGAAUGACAAGCAGCUAGUUAAGUGGUGUGAUAUUAAGCCGACACAUUAUUAUCAACUGAUUCCAUUGGUUCCCCUGCAGGUAGCUGUGAAAACUCACAGGCCACUGAUGAAGAGAGCAUUGCAUGACAGUUUUGAGUCCAAGCUGGAGGCCGUUAAUGCCAAACGAAGAAAA